GAGUAUUUUUUUUUUCCAGGGCCUACUAAGCUUAAUUUUCCUUUUAACCCUAAAUCCCCAUGAUUUUAAAACCCUUUUACUAUCACUGCUACUGUUCUUACCUCAGUGUACUGCAGCUCUCCAAACUCACCUGAGAUAUAGAGUUAUUUUGCCAUAUGCAGGCACUACUGAAACAUGUUAUAAAGUUCUAGAUCUGCUCAAUUACAUUUGACAAGCUGUUUCCCAACAGUGCUACCUACAACUAGAGCUGAGGAACCAACCUCCAAAAGUCACUGCGAUUCAGAAGUCAAUGAAACCCUCUCCACCUGCUUUGUUCUCUUUACAAGAAAAUUUUACAUUCUCUUUUCAAGGCAAUGUCUUGAAAGGUGGCACUGGAUCCUUCUGACAAGGUAGGCAGAUGUCCAGUUGUUAACCUGGGCUUGCAAGGCUGAAAAAACAGUGGUUUAGCCUGGUAGUUGACAAAUCUAUGUUUUAAACUAUAAUUGUGCUGGAGUGACUUCCCUGGGCAACAUUUUCUGGAAGUUAAACUAUGUGAAUUAUAAAUGGCAUUAGUCACUCGGUCUGUGGUGAAAUGCUGGCAUUUCGUGACUGUGCAAUUCUUGUAUGUCCCUUUUUUAAUUUCCUCAGAACUAAAGAGAGCAUCCUAGUGAAACAGAAAGAAAGAAAAUAAUACAAAUCACUGUGCUUUUCAAGCAGUAGAUGCAGAACUACUUCUGCCUAAUUUAUUUGGAGGGAUCAGCCAGCAUACACAGCUCUUCCUCACCAGGGAUGCAGUAACAAAUUAAAGCAAACAAAUUUUUCCCACUGGCAGAGCCACCUCUGUCCUUUGCCAAGACUGAAAGUUUGCUCUUCAUUGAAAAGUGUUUUCUUUAGCAGCUCACAGGUUUUAAGGGUUCUGGAAGAUCAGAAUGUUUCUGAGAGAAAUUAAGUUGUUUAAUCUGACAAGAAUAUCUACCAGUUGGGCAUGCAAUUCUUCUUAAAAUCAAGUGCAGUUCCUUUUGUGAUUGCUAAGUAGUGAUCUCACAUUUUCAUCAGGCCAGAAUGCUCUUCCAGAAAUUUUGCAGUAAAGUGCAACUAUGCAAGUAACUCAAGGAAAGGAAAAUAAGAUAUCUCAAAGGAAAAAGACAAUAGUAUGAAGCAAAUGUAUUUUUCAGAUUUAUGGGAAUGAAUUAUUGAACCUACAUAAAAGCACAUCCAAAAUGUUUCUUUAGAGUAAUAGUGAUACUUGAGCUCUUUCUGUUUUCAGAUUAGCUGCCACUAAGGAGAAAAGGAAUCAUAAAUGUGAAAGCAUGCUUGAGAAUUUUUUGUGUCACGUUCUGUUUUCGGCCUGCUGGCUUGCAACUGAUUUGCAUAAUAAUCUGUGUGGCCAUUCAACCAAGAGAAAACAUUUUAUUUGCAAUCAUAGCCACUCAUCAGAAGCCAGAAACUUGAAACACAAUUUACCAGUAGAAGGUUGGUUAGCAAAUGAGGUCUCAUGGUAUGGCUGCCCCACUGUGCCAUAGGAGAGGCACCCGUGGGCUGAGGGCUUGGCUGGUUUCAGCAGCGAUCACAACCCACAGAAAGGGGAACACAGGCAAUGUGUUCAAUGACAAAGCAAAAAGGCACAAAUACAAUGACUCAGACAAGUUGUGGGAUGUAUUUUUAUGUCAUCUCAGGUGAUGGUGGAGGAGGAAUUGUGUGCUUGUGGAAGGCAACCCUGUAUUUCCAAGAGACAAGGCUGGGGAAGGAUCAUGGAUCUGUGGAGAUGGAGGCAAUCUCAGUGGAGGAGAGCCUCUGUGCAGGUGAUGAACAGAAAGGUCCAGUCAGUCCAGGCAGGAGGAAAUGUUACUUUUUCAUGCCGGUCAGUCACGAAAGAAGAUGUGAUACAGGUGACAUGGCAGAAGGAGACAGCCGGGGCUGAAGACAACAUAGCAACUUACAGUACAAUAAAUGGCCAAAAAAUAGCCAAGGCCUAUGUCAGCCACGUGAGCUUUGCCCACAGCGAGUUGCAAGCCUCAGCCAUCUCCCUUCAUGGAGUCACCCUCCAAGAUGAAGGAUGCUACAAAUGCAUCUUCAACACAUUUCCCUCGGGCGCUGUCACCGGCAGGAUGUGUCUCAAGGUUUAUGCCAUCUCGGACCCCAAACUGGAAACUAAGCUUAUACCCAAUCCAGACAAAGCUGAGGACUCUGAGAAAAUGGUGGGGAUGAGCUGCUCAGCAACAGGGAAACCAGCUCCAAAAAUAACCUGGCACCUCCCCAGCAUCCUGCAGCAGAAACCAAGGGAGUACCACAUAAAAUUCAGCAACCAGACCGUGACUGUCAUCAGCAAUUUUACCCACACCCACUCCAAAAUCCUUCAGGAGUACCCCAUCACCUGCAUGAUCCAACACCCUUCUCUAAAUUUGACCCUGGUCCUGCCCAUAGACAGCCUGGAACAGGGUCCAGACAGCAGCGUGGCACCAUCCAUGGCAGCUGCUAUUGCACUGUGGUUCCUGGUCCCCCUGAUCUCCCUUCUCCUCAUCUGCCUCCUCUACCACUGCCUCAGGCACCUACGUGACCCAGAGAGAAACCCAGCCUGGCCCUGCUGGGUAGGUCUGCCUUUCCUCAGGGUGCUGCAAAAUUCACCCCCACAGGUCUUGGCACUCAUGACCUGGCUCAGCCCAGCCACACCAGGGCUGCCUGCACGCUGCCCAAGCCAGGCUGGAACUGGGCUGGAGAGGGACACAGGAAUGAGCUCCCAGCCAGACAGCUGGGAAGGGGAAACCUGAUUCUGCAUAGCCAGCCUACAGGUGCCCAAGAGUGCUGGCAGCUAGAAAACACUCACUGUGCCAAUGACAAGGCAUGCUGCAGUGGGAGCAUCACCCUACUGUUAUAUUUGAGCACAAAAUAAUUGUGUAAGCAGUGGCCAAAGCCUUGCACUGGUCUUCUGCAGCUCAUAAAAUAACCAAUUUUACGAGCACAACCAAUGCAGCUCACAAAGGCAGCAACUUUGAGGAUGGGCCUCAAACAAAAUGUGGUCUUUAGAGGAAAACUGUGCCUCUGUGAGGGAAGACCAUGGUGCCACGCUGAGGCCCUGCUGGUUGUCCACCAAGGCUAUCCUAGUGCAGGGGCUGCAGGAUACAAGCUUGAGGUGGUUAAACUGAUGUGAAGUGGCAUAAUUUCAGAAAACCACAGUUCAGUUUUGUGAAGUCUCCUCAUCCUCCUUGCACUACAUGCCUAGCAUGUGCACCCUGGAUUUUGGGGAAAAUUUUGGAGAAAAAGAAGCAGUGGAGGAAAUGCAACACAUCUUAGGUGUUAUACCUCUGGGUCCAAGCUGAAGACUGCUGGUUAUAUUGCAAGGAGAAAACUUAAGUCUCCUGUCACAGAGAUGCAAGGACUCACUUGGCAAUACAAAUAUCCAGGAUCUUUACCCUCACACUUUAAACAUCCAUAUAUUUUGAAGAAAUAAACACAAGAACCUCUCUUUCAUCAGGUACUUCCUGCCUGCACCAAGGCCAAGAAGUGCAGGCAGUAUGGAGCUGCAGGCAGGUGGGCUCCUGCAGUGUCCCACAGCCUUGGUGCACCACUGAACACCUGAGAAGCUGCCCCACCUACACAUGCAAGAGAGAAACUCUUAAAAAUGACACCUCAAGCUUCCAAUGAAACCUUCUGUGACUUUCUCCAAGAGAAAUAUUAAAAGGGGUGAUUUAUAAUAUAUAUUUAUUUAUUUUAUUAUACUAUAAUAUUGUUUUGUAAGAAAAAAAUGUAACAUAUUUAUUUGAAACUCAGACUGGCUGUGUGGAUCCAUUUAGUGGAACUCAUGCUUUGUAUUUUUGGUGGUUUCAACAUUGUUUAUUACCCUUUGAGAUUUAAAUAUUGCAAGCUUAAAAGUGGACGGAGGAUUGUCGGAAAUAAGGCAACAAGCCUUUUGUAAGGCUGCUGUCUUGGAAAUUAUUGCUGAUGGACCAAAGGAGCCCCUCACCAGGAGCUAGGCUGCAGAAAACCUGUGGAACAUCCCAGCACAUUAGUCUGAACUUCAGGUGUUAAACUUGUUCCCUAAAGGGCACAAGAGAUCAGGGCAAGACUGCAGCCAGCCUGAACUUAUAACCCGGUGCCAGGAGCAACAGGCUUCAAGGCAAGAGCCACAAGGAAGUGCUAAGUCUGAUUUCCAGCAACCUCUCCUGGAAAGCAAAGUAAAAGGCACACAGAUGUGUCCUUCUUCCCUCUUUCUCAGGGCUCUUCACAGCCCUCUUCUUAAUGUACCUGAUCUAUCACAGCUGCCUUGUGUUUCCUGGCAUCCCUGCAGGAGGCAGCAGGGCAAUAAAAGGGCAGUUGCAGGGUUUUAGUAGGUUGUGCUGUGCAUUUUGUGUUCUGAUGGAGUGGCAGGUGAGUGCAGUAGGAGGCUGGCAGGCCUGAGGAGCUGGGUGAUUUAUUUAUUUCCAUGUGGGGAGAGAAGUACCAGUGCAGGGCAAGGAGUGUUCCCUAUUCUGAUCACUCUUUGCUUCUAAGCAGCGGGUCAGAUCUGAGCUGCAGUCUCCUGUAAUUCCCUGAAUUGCACUAUAUGCUCAUAAAGUCUUGUAGACAUAGGGACAGAGAAAUGAGCCCACCUGGCUCAUGCUGGUCUUGUGGGAAGCCACCAGUCCAGGCUUCUUCCUCUCCUUCUGGCUUCCCAGAGCAAAAGCACGUCAUCUGGUUUUUCCUCGUCCACGUAUUUCAAAUGGGCAUCCCCACAUGAAUCACUAAGUUGUAGUCAAAAAGCCAAGUGAACAAAAAUGAAAGCAAGUGAAUGAGUUGAGAAUGAGUAAACCUGGUCUUUGCUACAAAACACUUCUUUUAAACCCCCCUAAUGCCUAGAAAUAGCACAGUUCAUGAGUGAGGGGAAAGAGGAACUGGCUGCAGCUGUUACAAUUGGGUUUUUUCUUCAUAGUCCCUUAAUUGUCAGAGGAGGAAGUAAUGGUUUGGCCAAACUUUUCCACCAUUGCUGCUUCAUAUCUUCCUUGAUGAGGGAAGAGGCCAGGGGAGAAGGUUUUCCCCUGGAUUUGUGGAAGGCAGGAAUGGGGUGGAGAGCCCCUGGCACCCUUCUUGAGCAGGUUGCCAAAUUCUGCAAAGUCUGCACUUGCAAUUUAGAGCAGUUUGAGAUUUAACAUGAGGUUUCUGCUAGUGUUUAGACUAAGAUUUUUUGGUUUUGUUGUUUGUUUUGUUGUUUUUUUUUUAAAUUUAAAGAAAAAAAAAUCUCUGGCAGAAACAGGGGAUUAGACAUGGGUAAAGAAAAGGAUUUCCUGAGGGAAGAGAUAAAGGUGCAAUGCCAGUGAGAAAUCUAUUCAAACCCAGGAAAAUGGCAGUGAUUAUCUAUUAUUCUUUUCUACAAACUGAUCACCUGGAGUGUGGGAAAGCAGGGCUUGGAGUCCUGAAAAUAUCUGUUUAUGUAUGGGUUUGUAGCUUCUUUUACUCUUUAGCUGAAUGUAGAGAUUUUUAGAGGUUUCUGCUUAUGAGCAUGAUAGGUCCAGCAGCUGGGUGAGGGAUGCAAUGGCUUACAAGUAAAAUUCUGUACAAGAUUUAUUUUUCAUUCAUGAUACUGGAAUGAGAACGUGACAUCCAGUCACAGAACACUUAAAACCAAUACAUGUACUUACCUUCAUGCUAUACUAAGCCACAGUACCAUAAAAUGCUGUGUGCUGCUGCUGUGCUGUUUGGCUUCACAUAGCAAUGAAAGGAAUGCAAGAAUACAGACAAUGGUUAAUUAAGUGGCUGAUAGCUAUGGGACAAAAAAAGAAUAUGAAAUAGCUACAAACAAUCUUUUGUAGAAUAAAUUAAAGCAUAACUGAGGGAAUCAGAAGUUUUGGCUGUGAAUGAUGAACAUCCUAACUGCUGUUAUGAGAUUUCAUUGUGAUUAGUUUGUGCUUGUCUGUCUAGUUACUUCUGUUAACAAUUUGUAAGAAUUCCUUGAAGGUUAUAUUUCAAUUUGGUUUAUACAGAUACCUAGUAUUUGUUUUAAUAAAUGUGGUAUUUUAAUAAUUGGGUGGGUUUUGUUCCCAAACAGCUUUUGUCUGCUGUGGCCCUGCAUGGCUGUAGAUGGAGAUGGUGAGAUUGGUGUGGAACUUGAAAUGAGAAAUAGAAAUAAAACUGAUAGGAUGCAAGCAAAUUUAAGUGAUAUGAACUGCUUUGUUUUUCUGCUCCAAUACAAGUGAUAUGAAGCAGAUUGACUUUGUAAGUCAAUGGAAGCAGACCAUAUUUUUGAAAUAAAUUCUACAGGAAAGUUCUGAGCUGAUAUUACCACCACAAAAAUAUAAAAAUAAAAAUAUUAAAUAGUAAUUUUUAAAAAAAGCCUAGGAUUUUUGCCUGCUUUGAGGCUAGGCAAUUGUCAGUCUCACCCAACUCUGCCUUUGGCUACUUUGUGCCACUGCAUUUUGUCCAGCCUAGGGACAAGUGGUGUUGAUGCAGGAUAUAAUUUCUCCUACCUGAUGGAAAAAGGGCAAGCAGGAAUGCCACCUUCGUUCUUGCCUCUCACUUGGAUAAAACUGCUUCUGGGUUAUGCAUCUCUCUUUAUAAAUCAAAUGUAGGCUGGACCUCUCAGCUUUGGGAUCCUUUGACCCUGACAUUAGCUGGUUUGGGUUAAGAUCUUAAUUUGUGUAAGAAGUGUCCUUUUAAAUAAAAGCUGAGAUAGAUGCAUAGAUAAAAUUAAGGUUCUUCAGGCUAUAUAAAGUGUUCAUGCUUCUGUUUUGGCAUGCCAGGCUGUUUCAGAGGUAUAUUGUGUUGGUAUUUUUCUCUGCCUAGAUAGUGGGUUCCUGGUUCUAAGAGAGCAGGAAGAUGCAAGCAGAUUGCCCCAACAGCUCUGGCUGAAGAUAUUACUUGGAAAUGUAGCUGAAAUGUUUGUCUUAGAUAUUUUACAGGCCCUGGCUGAAAUAGGAAUAUUCUUCUUCUGAAACCAGUGCUGGCAGAGGCAUGAGACUAAGUUUGUCCAGUGAAAAGAAACUCUGUUUUGGUGAUAGACCUUUGAAAGCAUCAUUCAUCAAUUCUCUGUUGUGUGACCCUGGGGGAAUGAUUCAUCUAAAUACCACACCAGUAAUUUUUCUUAUUAAAUCAGACAUGGAAG